CGAUUCUGCCUUCUUUCCUAGGAGCCUCCCGGCCAGGUAUCUGCCGAGCGCUAAACUCCACCGAUUCCCGCCGACGGCUGAGGACAGCUGUAAUGCAAUGGUAGAGUACUCUGGAUGGAUUGCUGAGCCACAUAGAACUGAAGAACUGAGGUAGCUUCUGAUCACAGGAUUCUGCUUUACUCCUACCUCCUUAGUAUGGGCAUAUCAUUUCUUGUUUGCUUCAUUCUUGGACUGUUGCCCUUAAGGAUCACUGGGAAGACUUGGCAAUGCCAACCUAUCGCCUAUAACUUGACCCGAGAUUAUACAGUAAAAUAUGACUUCCCUACGUUCAGAGCUACGUCUGCGAUCCAGAAUAUGGUUACCUACCCUCCGGGCAAUGUUAUUUUUGUUGCAGUUCAGAAUAAGAUUUACACAUUGAACUCAGAACUGAAAAUUCUGUCGACCCUAGUAACUGGGCCCUGGGGGAGUACCGAGUGCAAGAUCUGUGCUCUCUGUCGAGUGAAAGGGCCAGUGGAUUUUCAAAACACAGACAACAAAGUUUUGGUGAUGGAUCCUGUUGAACCUUGGCUUUACAGUUGUGGAAGUUCUCAACAUGGCAUCUGUUUCCAGCAUACGAUUCAGAUGCAGGGCGACGUUGUUUUGCUUGGGGAAACCUCCUGCUUGUAUUCACCUGAGCAGAACAGCCCUUCUAAGUGUCCAGACUGUGUGGCCAGUCCCUUAGGCACAAGAGUUGUCGUUGUUGACAUGGCAUCUGCUUCAUACUUUUAUAUUGCAUCUACCAUCAACGCAACCAUAGCAAACACGUACAGCCCCAAAUCGGUGUCAAUACGGAGACCAAAGAGUACUUUGGAUGGGUUUGCUGAUGGUUUCCACUCCUUAACUGUGCUGCCAGAGUAUCAAGACACAUACCCUGUUCACUAUGUGUAUUCUUUUCAAUACCGGCAGUUUGUCUAUUUUUUGACAGUCCAAAAGGAAGAUCCUACUUCCAAUUCAUACCACACUAGGAUAGUGCGACUCAGCACUGAAGACAUUGAGGUUCACAAGUACCGAGAGCUGAACCUGGAGUGCCGCAUUCAAUCUAAACGGAAGAGGAGCCUUAGCAUCAUGCCUAAAGAUGUAGUUUUUAAUGUCUUGCAGGCAGCUCAUGCUACCAAUCCUGGUGCCAAGUUGGCUCAAGCAAUUGGUACCACUGAAAAAGAACUGGUUCUCUUUGGUGUGUUUGCUGAAAGCAAGCCGGACAGCAUGGUGCCUAAGAAGUACUCAGGUGUUUGUGCUUUUCCUCUGUAUAUGAUCAACAAAGCUAUUGAAACAGGGAUGACAAAGUGCUGCAGUCUGGACGUUCAUGACAAGAUGCUUCGAGGACUAACGUUUUAUCAAGACAUGGAGUACUGCCCACAUAAUAUGAAUCUCUCAGACCCAGUGGUGGAUGUCAGCUGUUUGAAAAAACCUACUUUUAUUGCUAUGGAUGGUUUCAAAUUGGACCUUCUGCAAGGACAUAUGUCUGAUGUAUUGCUGACCUCUAUCUUUGUAACUGCAAUAGGGGAACUUACUGUGGCACAUUUGGGCACAUCUGAAGGGCGUGUUUUACAGAUGGUUCUUGAUGACUCCAGUUUCUACAAGGCUGAAAUGGCCAACUUCUCUUUGGGAGAGAAACUGCCAGUGCUGAGAGAAAUUGGCAAGCUGCAUCACUCUUUGUUCUUUGCCACAGGAAAUGAGAUAUUCCGGGUAAACCAAACUGGUCCAGGCUGCCUCCACUUUGUAACGUGCCUCAGCUGCCUGAAAGCAGAGCGUUUCAUGCAAUGUGGCUGGUGUGGAGAUUCAUGUACUCGUCAGGGGGAAUGCAAGAAACAGUGGAACCAAGAGAGUUGCGCUCCAGUCAUCACUGAUAUAUAGCCAAGUGCCAAAGUGGAAGGAUUUUGCUGAAGUUCUUGUCUGCAUUUUGUCACCAACGGGAAUUGAGAAGAUCAUGGAGCCACAAUCAAUUAAUCUGACCAUUAUAGAGAAAGCAGCAAGCCCAUUUUAUAUCACUGGCUCCUCAAUCGUCAGUGGUUUUACAUUUAUGCUGCCAAACAUAACUUCCAUUCACCCUGCCUAUGGUCCAAUGGCUGGAGGAACAGAGAUCUUUAUCAGAGGACAAAACCUUUUUGUGGGAGGCACAAGGAAAGUGAUGAUUAAUAAUCUAGAUUGCCCUGUGGACAGUGAGAAAAGCCAGAGAGAGGAGGCCAUAAUUUGUACCACCCCACCUUCAAGCAACUUGACCAAUGCAUCUGUGUUUCUGAUAAUAGAUGAAGAGCCAUUUCUUUCUCCUCAGCGUUUCUGGUAUCGAGAAGACCCCCAGAUAUAUGAUAUUACUCCCCACUGCAGUUAUGAGGGCUCCAAUGUCUACAUUUAUGGUGCCAAUUUGGAUUCAGUGUAUAACAUGAGGCUGCAAUUUGAGUCUGCUGGAGUACAAAGCAAAGCUAAAAUAUGUGAAAGGCCACGGUCCACAGAUAGGUUGGUGUGUCAAAGUCCUGAUUAUCCAUCUGAAAACAAAGUGGGAAAUAUUUAUGGGAACCUGAGUGUCUUGAUGGAUGGAGUUCUGGGGCAGAAGACUUUUCGUAUCCGCUUCUACCCUACUCCAGUCAUUGAUCUCUUUCCCUCUGAAAAUCACAUAUAUGAACUCCAACAAGGAGAAGAUGAGAUUGAGAUCACUCAUAAGGGACUGGAUGCUCUGGCAGGCUGCAUGAACAUUUCUGUGUCAGUGGCUGGUGCAGAUUGCUACCACAGUAUAAAGAAGAAUCAGGUGACCUGCCGAAUACCCAACCACCUGAUCAGCCCUGGGCGUGGUUUGCCAGUACAGAUCUGUGUGAAUGGAAACUGCAAAGACUUAGGAUCCGUGGUUUCAAUCUCCCAGAACUCUCCCCUUGCUGUUGGAUUGGGAGUUGUUGUAGGCAUUCUGCUCCUUUCCUGUUUGGUAUUUCUAGCAUUGAAAUAUAUUCAGCGAAAGAAGAAGGCAGGAACUGAGACUUUAGAAAGGCUGUCCAGCCUCAACAGGGGCUCAAUCGGAAUUCCUCUUCUUCUUUCUAAUACUGGAUAUGUGGCUUCUUCUG